GGCCGGGGGCGGCGGGCGCCGCACUCGCUGAGGCCCGACGCAGGGCCGGGCGCGCCCAGGGCCGGAGCGCAGCGGCCGGAACGGCCCGGAGGCGACGCCGGGGCCGAGCGCGCGACGAGCAGGUGGCGGCGGCUGCAGGCCUUCAAGUUGGAAGCCUCUGAGGACGAUUGCUCACCCCACUGACCCUGCUGACCCUGGGCCACGGACGGCUGUUCUCAGUGAAGGGCCCUGCACUCGCUACUGAGCUGUGGCCAUGGGCCUGCUUGCCUUCCUGAAGACCCAGUUCGUCGUGCACCUCCUCAUCGGCUUCGUCUUCGUGGUGAGCGGGCUGAUCAUCAACUCCAUCCAGCUCUGCACGCUCGUCCUCUGGCCCGUGAACAAGCAGCUGUACCGCCGGCUCAACUGCCGCCUUGCAUACUCGCUCUGGAGCCAGCUGGUCAUGCUUCUGGAGUGGUGGUCAUGCACGGAGUGUACCCUGUUCACCGACCAGGCCACGGCGGGCCACUUCGGGAAGGAGCAUGUGGUCAUCAUCCUGAACCACAACUUCGAAAUCGACUUCCUCUGUGGGUGGACCAUGUGUGAGCGCUUUGGCGUGCUGGGGAGUUCCAAAGUCCUGGCUAAAAGGGAGCUGCUGUACGUGCCCCUCAUCGGCUGGACGUGGUACUUCCUGGAGAUCGUGUUCUGCAAACGGAAAUGGGAGGAGGACCGGGAUGCCGUCAUCAAAGGGCUGAGGCGCCUGGCUGACUACCCCGAAUACGUGUGGUUUCUCCUGUACUGUGAGGGCACGCGCUUCACGGAGAAGAAGCAUCGGGUCAGCAUGGAGGUGGCCGCCUCCAAGGGGCUGCCCGUCCUCAAGUACCACCUGCUGCCUCGGACCAAGGGCUUCACCACCGCGGUCCAGUGCCUCCGUGGGACAGUCGCAGCUGUCUACGACGUCACACUGAACUUCCGAGGAAACAAGAACCCGUCUUUGCUGGGGAUCCUCUACGGGAAGAAGUACGAGGCGGACAUGUGUGUGAGGAGAUUUCCUCUGGAAGAGAUCCCGCUGGAUGAAAAGGAAGCGGCUCAGUGGCUUCAUAAACUCUACCAGGAGAAGGAUGCGCUGCAGGAGAUGUAUAACCAGAAAGGCGUGUUUCCGGGGGAGCAGUUCAAACCCGCCCGGCGGCCGUGGACACUCCUGAACUUCCUCUUCUGGGCCACACUUCUCCUGUCUCCUCUCUUCAGUUUUGUCUUAGGCGUCUUUGCCAGUGGGUCUCCUCUUCUGAUCCUGACGUUCCUGGGGUUUGUCGGGGCAGCUUCCUUUGGAGUCCGCCGACUGAUAGGAGUGACUGAGAUAGAGAAAGGCUCCAGCUAUGGAAACCAAGAAUUUAAGAAAAAGGAAUAAUGAACGGCUGUGACUGAACACACACACACCUGACCGUGGUAUCCAAUUAACUCAAUUAAAAACAACAACACACACAGAGCGGGGGUGGGAAAAAAAGACACUUAGAAACUAUUUUUCUUAUUAACUGGUGACUAAUACUGACCAAUAAAACUUGAGCCAAGAGCAAAGCAGUCGGAAGGCCUGCAGAUGGAGACAGACGCCAGCCUCGCACCUGCGCGUCCGCUGCCGGCAGAGCGGCCCGGGGGACCCGCUCCCGGGACAACGGGUGUCGCCGCUGCUCCCGGGACAACGGGUGUCGCCGCUGCUCCCGGGACAACGGGUGUCGCCGCUGCCGUCUCUCUAGAGCUCUGCCUGACAGGGAACUUUUGGAUGCUUUCUCUUCUCACACUUAGAUCCAGUUUUUGGUUUUUAUCCGUUAUCUCGGGAGUUUCCCCCUGCCCCUCGCCUCCUCCCCUGUUCUCCCUGCAAACUCUCUUCCCCCGUCGCCCCCGGGACGGUGUGCGCGGGUCCCGGCGUCCCCAGAGCACCCGCCGGUCCCGACCUGCUGGCACCUCGAUUCCAGGCAAUGGGGGCGGGGCCUGGGGACGUCCCCUCGGCGAUAAGCACACUGGGCGGGGCUGGCGGCGGGACACGCCCCCUGGUCGUUUCCGGAGCGUCCUCGCGCUUCCCACCUAAGCCUGCCUGACACACCUUAAAUCGGUUUUAAAGCGAGUGGAGCCCGAGAACGCGGUGAGACGUCGAGUCCUUCCCGUGCCUGGAGCUCAGCUCCUCUGUCCCACCCGGUCACCCCGCCGGGUGCAGGGCGGCCCCCUCCCCAGCCGGCCGGAGCCGGGGAGACCUCCGCCCGCAGCCCGCAGGACUGUUGGAUUUUUGAAAAGGCAGUGUCACCAUCAUCCUGUCUUCUAAAGGAGACUGUUAACACGGAGCUUUUAGAGAUUUUAUUUUCACAGUUGAUCUGUUGAUGGCGCUCAACUUCCUGAUGGAAGCUAGAGGUGGUGAGCCUUCCCCUCCGCUGCCACCCCCCUUCCGAGCAGAUGCACUUGUCCUGGGGGAGGGUGACCGGAGUGCCCUGACCUCGUCCCCUUCAGCCUGCUGCCCUGGUGGGAGCCGUUUCUUCCUCAGAGGGAGGUAUUUCGUGCGCGUUUGGCCAAGGGCCUGGCCGGGCUGCUGGGCAGAGUAGGGGGACUGGGACUCCCUCCCCCCUCCCGCUGGAGCCCCGCACUCCGCCAGGCCGUUCCACCGUCACCCUGCCUGCAUCGGACUUUCGUCUUAAACGUUCAACUUGGUUUUUUUAAGUCACAUUCCCCUCAUCUUUUUUAGCAAGGGAAAGAAAAAUAAUGGGUGUUAUCUCUGAUAAUACUGUAACCAGCGUUCAGGAUAGAGGCAGGUUGAAUUUUCUAGGGGAAAAGAUGGAAGCAAGAGGCAUGGAAAACAGUAUAAACUAAACUGGAACAAUGCAUUGGCCCUAAGUAUGCAUUCUGGGAGACUUAUGGAAACAGCAUAUACCCUUCAUAAUGACACUACUGAAUUGUGCAUGGUGACCUUGGUGAAGGGACCAAGGUCACAGGGAAGCGAAUCACAGUUCUGGGCUCGCUCAUGAGUGGUAGUGAGUGCACACAAGUCCUCGUGAGGUUGAAAGACAGCUUUGAAGUGCUUUCUCAGAAGAGAGCUUCCCUCUGCCACAAAGCACGUCUCCCCCUUCCCUUGGAGCCCAACCGAGCAGGGGGGCUGCGGUGAGCGGCUGCCUUCGAUCUUACUUUUCCUCACACAGUAUGCUGCUCAUCUGUCUCUGUGUGUUUAUGUCAUUUGCUAAUUCACUAAUCCCUAAAAAUCUUAAAGGAAAAAGUUGAAGGGUACUACCGUGAAGGCAUAUUACCUGGAAAAUGCAAAUUUAGGUCUUUUACCAUUGAAUUAAUAGUUCUUGCUUCCCAGCUACGUUCCCUCCCCUUGAAAUUAGUACACAAUGUGUAAAUUCUAUAUUGAGUCAGUGAGGAGCUGUGAAGACUCCUAGAUGAAUGGAGAUUGAGACCACGUGUAGGUUUUAAAUCUCAGUGACUUCCUUCUGAUUUAACAAAGAUUAGCUUGUGCAUUUGAAUACCAAGCCCUCUGAGAGCAAUAAAAACUACACCAUGAA